GGGAGGGUGGUUUAUUCUCCACCAGUGGGGGUUGGUACAGAGAGUGGCAAGAGUUCUCGUGUGAUGCUUUGUGUGUGAUUGUCAGAGGGAACGCUCAGGUGGUGAGCGACCGCGGCUCGGACACAACCACCCACACAGAAGCUGACCACUCUAGAAUCCAGAACAGCACCGUUGUCUCAGUGAGAACAGGAGAAGACGUCAGGACUGUGAGAUUGCAGGAGCCUGGUGCUGAGGCUGGUAUGAGAGAAAAAGGUUUCCAACCUGCCUGGGUGUGAGAGAACACCCUCUAGUGGAGCUGCUGACAAACUGCCCUGCACGGCCCUUGUUUGGUUUUACCGACAGCAUUUUAAGAAUACCACCUGUUCCAGAGGUCUAUGGUCUAGCACCGAGCAGAUACCAUGUGGUGUUUGGAGCUGCUCUUAACACUGCUGUUGAUCAUCAAUGAUGCCAGUUGCCAGUGGAACGUCUGGGUCCCUCGUGACAUCUCGGCCAUGACAAACUCCUGCGUGGUCAUCCCGUGCACCUUCAUGUAUCCGUCUGGCAUCAGGCCAUACCGUGGUAUUCACGGUAUCUGGUACUUUGGCCAACCCUAUCCUCAACUCUUCCCCCCAGUAGUGUUUAAAACACGCACAGACAUUGUACACGAGAGCUAUAAGGGCCGCACCAAGCUGCUGGGCGACCUGCACCAGAGGAACUGCACUCUGCUGAUCAACAACAUCGGCCCAGAACACUCGGGAAGAUACUAUUUCCGCGCUGACCUCGGUGGAGCCAACAUGUAUACAUAUCCGGACUUCUCUGAGCUCAGAGUUCUUGAUCAGCCCAACAUCGAUGUUCCAGAGGAGAUCGUCAGUGAUGAGAGUCUUGAGUUGACGUGUUAUGCUCCUGACAAUUGCCCUGACAUGACGCCUGAGAUCCAGUGGAUGUACACGGACUACCUGCCUGACCCGGAGUUCUCUACUGACUACCAGGAAGACAGCAACACGGCAGUGCUCUCCAGCACACUCACCUUCACACCCAGACCAAUGCACAAUGGACAGCUGCUGGGCUGCAGGGUCUCCUACCCUAACACCACACUGGUCUAUGAGAGGCUCAUCUCUCUAGACAUCAAGUACGCUCCGCGCUCUGUGUGGGUCAACGUGUCCUCAGAAGUGAUGGAGGGCAGAUCUGUGGUGCUGCACUGUGAGGUGGAGAGUAACCCUCAUUCUAGAAUCUCAUGGAUGUUCGGUGACCAGGAGCUGAUAUGGGACGAGGCAUCCAACAUCUCACUCUCUCUGGAUGAUGUGAUGCCUGCACAAGAAGGACUCUACACCUGUGUGGGCAACAACGGCUUCGGCAUGAUGAACACUUCACUUUAUCUGGCUGUCAAGUAUCCUCCUCGCGAGCCCGUGGUAAACAACUCUAUGACAGUAGUAGAGGGCACCUCACUCGCCCUGCACUGCAGCACCCAAGGCAGCCCUGCCCCAACCCUCACCUGGCUGAAAGAUGGGGAGCUGAUAGGCACCAUCACUGCUGAUGAGCUGUCCGUGCUGCAGAUCAUCGAUAUCACGCCGCAGGGGGACGGACAGUACCGCUGCCUGGCAGAGAACGAGCACGGUCGAGCCAGCAGCUCCUUUAACAUCACUGUUGAAUACGCCCCAGUUCUUCUGGAGGAGUCCAAGUGUACAGUGAUCAGAGAGGGUGUCCAGUGUGUCUGCAUGGCCACAGGAAAUCCUGAGCCCACCAUCGAGUUCUACCUGCCUGACCUCAACAUUACCAUCAACGAAUCAGACAGACGCUACAACUUCUACACACACAUAGAUGGAUACACCUCCACCGGCAUGAUCAAAUUACGGGAGAAGGGAGAGCGAGCUGACAGCGGCGGCCCUGCUGUCAACGUCCACUGUAGCAUCUUCAACAUGUACGGGCGAGAAAGCGUCCUUCUGGAACUUCAGCAGGAGAAAAAGUACAUGAUGGCAGUUAUUGUUGGCACUAUUGGAGGAGUGGCAGUCAUAGCCUUCAUCAUUGCAGCAGUGAGAUAUGUUGGUCAGAACAACAAGAAAGAGAAUGGCAACCCUAGGCAGGAAGUGGUCCUGGAGAACCCAGCUUUGUCCUACAGCGCAGUCAAGAAGGACAAACAAAAUCUGAGGAAGAAAGUGCUUAAGACAGAGCUGUUGGGCUCAAAGUUUAACUCCAUUCUAGAGGAGACUACGGGAGAAGACGGGGAUUAUCAACCUGUGGGCUCUAUGGCAGGACUGGAGAAGCAAGAAAUGAAUUAUGCUGUUCUGGAGUUUAUCAGGGCCAGGCCCUGAGAAGGGGCCUCAGGGAGGGGGGAAGAUGACAGCAACUGCAAGGAAAUCAAAGCCUAAUGAAUCAUAAUCCGUCCCUGAUCAGUCAGUUUUGGUGGCAAACACUGUAUCACACACACAAACUGUGUGAUCACAGCCCCACACACACACACACACACACACACUCCACCACUGAAUUUCACUCUGCAUGACGACAUCUUCAUUCUCAUAUCUUCAGAUUUGUCAGAUAUAACUUAUCACCUGAUGCCAGUACUCCCCCUCACACUUCCCCUCUUCUACUGGACAGCCCUUUAUACGUCACAUGAUGAAAAAUGAUUUACAUUUGUAGCCUUAGUUGUAAUGCAUGGGCUCUAAAACAGUAUUAACAGGUAGCCAUGUUUUAUGUUGCUUUUCCCGUGUUUGUCAUUGUAAUUGUUGCUGUUACUGUCAAAUGAUGGAUAUCUGAGCACUUGCCUCCAUUUCACCACGUGCUGUGAUAUGACUGUUACUGUGUCUGCUGCCAGUCGAAGCAUUGGGGCAAGUAACCAUGCUUUUGUCCUCUUGUUUUUAUGCAUUUCUCGUGAAUGAGAGUGAACCCCCUCCCCUCUUUUUUUAUUUCAUCCGAAGAAUGUGGGAGAUCGAAAUAACAUGUCUCAGAAUCUUCUUUCUACAUAAUUGUAUUUAAUAUAUGCUGUGACUCAGUAUCAUCUCAUAAUAAAUGAAAAAAGUCACCAUCACUCUUGAUAAUACAGUAAUUGAAAAGAUCUGAUCCACAGUUUCUUUUCAGCAUUCAAAUGUAUACUUUCACGAGAGAGUGGUCAGUGUGUGUGCGUGUGUGUGUGUGUGUGUGUGUGUGUAUGUGCACAUGUGUGUGUGUGUGUGUGUGUGUGUUAGAGACAGACAUGUGCUCAUAUGUGCUGAAAGUUCCGAGGACAUUGAUCCUGUGUGUUUGGGACGUUUGAGCAUCACAUGUUGAGCUUGUUUCUCAUCAGAUGUUUGAAUGCUGAAUAACCUGCUGCUUUUGCUAUUCAAAGACAUUAGAUUAACCCAUGAUGUAAGUUCACUAAUAGUCUAACUUUGUAAUGAUAGUGUCAAUAAUACAGUCUAUUAUAGUCUAAAAUGGUGAAUAGUGAAUGGUAAACCUAAAUAUCCUGCACAAGUCUUGAAGUAUUCAACCUAAACCACUUCAGCCUCUCUCACAGACCACUGUCUUAGACCCAGUCUUUUCAUUCAGGGUAGUAACCUUGUUUCAUUUUACAUUUUUGUAAAUGUCUCUGUGGUCCACACACACACACACACACAGUACUGUACGUAAGUAUUGAAGAUACGUAUCCCACUCUCUAAUGUAAUGACGAUAAUACGUUGCUUUUCUCUGAUGUCAGAGGGGAAUGAUGAUGGUACUACACACAGCUAGUUUGAGCUUUUAAACACGGCACAAGACAGUUGUCUUUGAAAGCCUGAUGGACCACUUCUGCCUUUUCUUUAUUUUUAGGAAUUGUCUCGGCAGAUGUGUCAAAAAUGAUCUGGAGAAACAACAUCUCUCACAUCUGCUCUCACCGGUGUACACAAGACAGUUUUCCUGUGAGAUUUAGAAAUAUUCCUGCAGUAUUUUCUUUAAUAAUUCAUUUAUUAUUGGAAUUCAUGAUGUGGCUGUUGUCAUUGUUUUUUCCAUCAUGUUCUUUUAAAAACCCUGUGAUUGCAUUUGUACUCUAAUGGCUGUUAUAAAUAUGCUCAGGUAAACAUAAGCGUUCCGUUCACAGGUGUGACAACACUAACCCAGAGCCACGACUGUUGUUGAACAUUACCUCCCACUGACGAGGGUUGAUGUACGUCCCCUUUUGUUCACAGGGUCCACCCACUGACAGACUUACAGAUGUUCUUACUCUUCACUCCUCUGUGUUGUGUCUUGUAUAUCACUUCACAUGUGUUUCUCAUAAAAGAGACACACUGCAUCAUUAACUGAAAAGAUAAUCCUAAAAAAGACGAUGCAUCGUUAUUUAGUGCUAUUAAUAACCCCCCACCCAUGACAGAUGUUGUCAAACAUGAUUGACUUCACUUUGUUUAACAUCAGAAAUACCACUUUCUUGCAUGCACUGAGGACCAUGAAAGAAGUGGACAAUAAAAUCCCUGAAAUACUUUGA